AUGCCCUCCCUCAGCAAAUUCGCAAGGACAUGCCAUUGUAAAUGGUAUCCGACGAAUUGCGCAUGUCUUCGGAUGCGUUACGUCGUUCAAAACAUACCUUGAUGUCUCCUCACAGUCCCCCAAGUCUGUCGGCUUUCGCUCUGACCUUCAGUCCUCUGGGGUGUCCAUAAUCGACUGCCCUCACAAUGGCAAGAAAGAUGUUGUGGACAAGAUGAUUCUUGUGGACAUGCUUGCAUUUUCCAAUGACCAUCCUUCGCCUGCCACCAUUAUCCUGAUAGCCGGUGACCGAGAUUAUGCCUAUGCUGUAUCAAUCCUCCGCCUUCGACAGUAUAAUGUCGUUCUAAUCGUGCCUCCAACACCAAAUAUUCCCCAGAGCCUGGAGUCUCAGGCUUCUGUCGUGGUGGACUGGAAUUUUGCCGUUCUUGGAAAGCGCACAGAAUCCGACGCACCACCGGUACGACAACCUUAUCGCAACUUUGACCAGGAUGUCAUGGAGCGGUUAUCACGCGUGGUCUACGAUUCGAAUGAAGAUCCUGUUGGUACCCCCGUUUCCUCGAAUCUUCCCGAAAAACCGGCCCAUACACGGCGUGACAGUGCAGCAGGGCCGUUGCAGCCAUCAGCGUUUGAUAGGAAUACGGGCGCAGGUGGUACUGCUCAGCCUGUAUCAUCGUGCACGGAGAAGGCUGCUAGCACAAUCCCUGCGACACCUGUACUUCCUAGAACCGGGUCUGUACCGUCCCGGGCUAGAUUUGCGACACAGUCAACACAGACUGUCCCAGACAUCGACCGGGACUUAGGCAACCCUCUCAAAGCGAACAAUCCACUUUCAAAUGAAAGUCUCACAGACGAUUUCGUUAGCACAACUAAUGAGAUUCAGGAUGCGAGUCGCGGUCCCUUUGCCACAGCCCCCAGCUCGAGUUCAGGACUAGAAUGCAACCAGAACAUUGCAGAGCCUGGCUUAACUCCUACCAUGGGCUUGAGAAAUGUUCCACUAUCUCCACUUACUGCCGUCCCGCACAAUUCGGACCUGCAGAUCGCUCCUCUUGGCUCUCCGUUGCAGACCCGCAUCAUUUCGGGGUGCACCCCCGUCUCGUUCGGCAACAACCCCCACAGAACUGUGCCAGCUGCUGCGGUGUCCUUGUCACCUGUACUGACAUGCGGGGAGGGCGAUAUCAUCACUGUCCCGAAAUCAACGAACCCCAGCUCCGUCUCUGCCUAUAUGGACGAUUGUGUUAUUCCAUCGGACAACGCAUCAGUUGUGGAUGCCCUUGGACUUGAUAUUGCCGAAGACAGAAACCACAACAAAAUCGACGAGGUUGCAAAUGUCUCGGUCACCAGUCCACUUUUGCCUGAGGUCGAUGACCCGUCGUUUGUACAAGUUGCGAACUCUGCCGAAUCGUACCACACUACAGGCGAUGCCUAUAUCGCGACAUCUCUUCCUGCCAAGAAUUCUCCCCCCACUCCUGAGCCUUCUGUAACACCCGUGUCUCAGAUGUCAUCGUCGACACUAUCGACACCAUCGUCUUCGGCUUCGUCAACUUCGAUCGCCUCCGAUUCCAACGUUACCAUGCCUAACGUUGAGAUUGGCUCACAACAAGCAACGUUUGUUAUCAGUAAUAACAAAGACAAAUCCUCAGUGUGUCAAGCGCCUCCUGUCGACUCCGAGUCCAUAGAGGAUAAGAUUCGACGCCUCACACCCCCAGAAUUCCUCCCGCUGAUCAAACAGCUUCUAUUGGCGAGGUCGAAAAAUAUUAUGAAACCAUCAAGGUCCGACAUUGCUAAUGAUAUGGUUCGAAGUGACAAAGAUGUAUACAAGCGCGCGGGCGCAACUAAGUUCGCGGAUUAUGCUUUGCUAGCGAAAGAAGCUUCUGUAAUCGUGUUUGGUGGGGGGACGACUCGAAGCAACUCAUGGAUAGCGCUACACCCAAAUUGGUUCAGGCAGGAAAUUGGUGCACCAAAACCAUCGACCCCUUCGCCUGAUCCUAGUAACAAACCCCCUACACCACAGGAUAAUAUUUCUGAUGUUAAAAUUUUAUCCAUGGCUCCUACGCCGCCGUCGAGCACCGCGUUGCAAGAGACCACCAGGCUAACUACACUCAACCCCGACGCUCCACCAUCUGUGCCGAUUCCGCCUUACUUCCAGCCACUCAUCACCUGCCUGUCUAAAGUUCACAGGCGUGGGCUGGUGAGGCCCUUUCUUUCAACAGUGGGCCUAGAGGUCGGACCCGAGAUAUAUCUUCAAGCUGGCGUGUCCAGCCUUGCAGAAUAUAUUAGUCGAGCUGCGGAUGCUGGUGUUGUGCAUUGCGGAGCAAAUAGUGGUCAUGCAUGGGUGAGCCUCCAUCCUGAUGUGCUGAGGGGAAAGCGUCCUUGCUAGUUUGGUCUGCUGUCUCCGUGCGUUAGGGAUCUUCUAGUCUAUUAUCUGUAAUAUGAGUAUUUAUUGUAAAUCAAGUGUUACCGAGUAGAGGGCUGUAUUCCAGGGAAGUCGACACACAAGUGACGUCCUCGUCCCCUUCUAAAGCUUCGACGAGAUUCGAGACACUGUCUUUU